AUGGAGAUGAGCUCUUUUCCUGAUCUUGGGACGACCAAGCUGCUGGCUCUAAAAGAGGCUAGACGAUCUUGCAAUUGUGACUCACCCAUCGUCAACUCCGGACAAGACAGCCACAUGCAACGCACUGGCGUAAAGUAUGCCACUUUCGACUUCGAACUUGAUGUGGAGCCUUUUUGUUGCGUUCUCUGCAAGCAGCCUUUUGAUGCCGGUCGCGCACAAAAUGGCCUGCGGCCUCGCGAAAACCAUCAGUUCAACCACCAACCAGAGGAUCAAGCCGAGACGGUACAUCAAGUGGAGUUACCAGUCGUGAGGCCAGAACCGCAGACAUCGCCACGCCUCCGGAGUCGGAAGAACAGUCUCUGA